AUGUGUCAGGUAUAUUGGUACCAUACAUACUGCCGACGACCUGGUUGCGGCCAGGAGAUCUCACGCAGAGAAAGACACGAUCUGUGCCCUGAGGCACAAGCAGCUAGGCACGUAGGUCGCUGCCGAAUUGGGGUUCGCUGGGUCGACCCAGUUCAUAAACGCAAACGAAGAGUUCGGUGCAGCUAUUGCCAGCUAGUAAACGACAACAACGAAGGGGAAGAUAACAUUCCCUACGAAAAUACCGACGACGAAGACAACGUUAUCUUCAGUGAUACUGAAAGUAACACCGAAAGCGUAGAUCAGGAUAAUCUUACAAACGGCCAAACCACUAUCAACGGUCAGGGCGUGAACGGUCAAGUCAACGGCCAAGCUGUCAACGGUGAAGUAAACGACAGCGAAUCCGACAGUCAAGACGACAACGACCCGGUCGUAAACGGUCAACUAACCAACGGUGUCAACGGUGUCAACGGCGACCUUACCAACGGCUACGAAGAAGACUGAAGCCGACAAUGCCGACGACCAGGGCUUCCGGUGCCGGCACUUCGGCUCGGAAGGCCAAGAGCCAGAGUCAGGCAUCCAAACGCGGCGGCGCUAAUCUUUUCGUAACGGUCUUCGAGCAGCCUCUCCAAGAGCUGCAAGCCGAGGUAAGUAACUUUCUCAUUCCAAUUCAUUUUUUCUCCUUUUCGCCGUGUCGGAAGUGAAAAUUGAUCACCGUAUGAAUUUUCACUCUUGCGACGCAUUUUUGGGACUCCUGAAGUUAUCCCCAAUGCCGACCGCUGCUAACACCCAAUCUCAGUGGGACCUCGCCCAAGCCCAAGCCGCCACCGACGUCAAGAACGCCACCCAACCCAACCCCCCCAACGAGACCC